AUGGCGCAAAAGUCAGGCCAUGCAUGGUGGUGGCGUAGUGUGGACGGCUGUCGAAGUGCCACGCAGAUGGUCACUGACAAUGAGUCGGAACUACUGAAUGCUGCCGUGCUAUGCGCCGCGUUGGCUGCCACGAAAGCGAUGGCUAACGCACGUGCUUCUCGUGAGCUGGAAAUGCAUGUGCGCAAGUCGCCUCUGCCGCACACUAUGCAGUUACCGGCUGUGGAGUUUACGAAUGAGUACGAGCUGGUCGAGUCAGAAAGCGCUUUCAUCUGUGCUAUGCGAGCUACAAUCCCCAGUGAAAUUAUGCAGGCUGUAUUUGGAUCAGCUUCACCGCUAUCUCAGCCUCACGUACACCGUUUCAGUGGAUCUCGCGCGCACGCGCCGUUCUUGAAACGAGCGCAGCGUCUGGACCUUACGAAAUUAUACUUCUCAAGAAGCCUUGAUGCAGACCAAGUAGACGCUGGUGGUAAAGAGCAUAAGAAGGAGAAACACAUCUAUAAUCAUAAGAAGCAGAGGAAUGAGUCUGCGGAAUGGAUGAAGCAAGUUGAACCGUCAUUGGGAAUCAAUAAUCGAGUGGUGACUUUUGUCAACGAGUUUGACUGCAUCCCUGGAAUUUUGAAUAUUGCACACUUGGCUGCAAUGCUUGCAAAAACGACUGAACGACUGGUCAUAAUUGCAAAGGCAACGAAAGCACUGCUCAAUUUGUUACCGGCACCCAUGCAGCAACAAAAUUGCCGAUAUGUUGAUCAUCGAUACGCCCCAUGUGGAAGCUACACUUUCAUGCCGAAGGAAAGCGCGGAAUUUAGCAUCUUCUCGGACACGAUGCAGAUCCGGAAGGGCUUGGGUGAAGACGGAGAUGCAGUUACAAUUAGUCUUACGGGAAACUCUAUUUUGCAGCACAUGAUGAGUGCUUAUGUCGAUGCGAUUCCUCGGCGGUCAAGGUUGGUACAGAUCAACGCGACAAUGAACCAUUACGAGCGUUUGGGUGUAGCUCGAAACGCUACUGAACGCAAAAUUUGUACAUUUUAUCGAUCUCUUGCGGUGAGGUGGUAUCCAGACCGGAUUGUGCAUGGAUCGUUCACCGAUCAGCAAAAGGAGGUGGCAGAAGAUAUUUUCGAGCUGUUAGCAGAAUCCUACGAGGUGCUAUCGUACAAAUCAAUUGACGGGCAUACGAUGCGCAUUUGA